CUGUGGUGAUGCGGAACACUCAGAACACUACAGCAGUUAAUGCAGUAGGGCGUGGUAGUGGCAUCACACAUUUCCCCUCUCAUCUUACGGGCCCAGCUCCGCAGUCAGUUUUGGGCCUUGGUCGUGGUGCAGCUGGAAAUCCAGCAUUUGGGCAGCUUGUGUUGCCUUCAAGCAUCAUGGGUCCUCACCCAGCUUCCCUGGGAGUCCCAGACCUUUGUCAACUGCAGCAGCAAAAUCAUAGACUAAUGGGGUCUGCCCCAAAUUUAUUACACUUUAUGCCUCCACAUCUGAUGCUGCCAUCACAGCAGUCUCUCAGGGACAGCACCAAAUCUCUGGGACAACAAGGCUUUGCUACAGAAAAUGGUAUUUUGCGAUCCCUUCACCCACAUUGCAACAACUUGGCCUAUAGGACGGGUUUUCAGGGAAGAUUGGUUGAUCACCGAAUGCCAAUUCCAGGGCAGUUCACACUACGACCUGACAAUGUGAUGGGUUCUCAUUAUAUCAAUAAUCGCUCUACAAAUGGCAGCUUCAAUCAACACCAUGGUCAUCGAGGCAAUUAUAACUGUCACUAUAACAACUACAACAGCCACAGACAGCAUCAGCAUCACACAGAGAAUGGAUCAGGAGACUAUGAUGAAUAUGCCGGCCUCAUGACAACCAGAGAGAAACAGUGGCUGCUGAAUAUCCAGUUGUUGCAACUCAAUACCAGCCAGCCUUACAUUGAUGACUACUACUACAUGGUAUUUUCCUCAAGACAGCCAAGGAAGAAUAACAAUAACAAAAAAAGUGGAGAAAUUUAUGAUUCCUUUGGUCAUAGAGAGCGGAGAGACAGCCACAGAGAUAGAGAUCAGAGAUCUGAUCAGCAGCAAGGGGUGUCACGAGUGUACACUCCAGCACAGUUUGAAAAUUCUCUGGGAAAACUUCAGGUUGGAAAUGUUACAACACCAAGACAAAUAAUAGACACUGAUGUUGUCUCUCAUGAAGGUCUUGACUCCACAUUGCAGUCACUUCAGAGGGACUCCCGCAAAGCCAAACAACUUCUGCUGGAAAUAGAGAGGUUAUACCUGCUGCUCCUGCAAGUUGAGGAUCUAACAAGUUCGUUGCCUGAAGUGAAGCAAUCAGUGACUGAAGACAAGGUGGAUCUUCUGCGUAAAAUUGUAUCUUCAUUGCUUGUAGAAGACCGAUUGAGCAGUUUAAUGUGUGUCCACAAAGGAAAGUUUCUACUGUUACGGGUGCUGCCACAUCUCAUGGCAGACAUUGAGGAGGAAUGCCACUUGGUACAGGUGUGGAGUACGAUAUUCCGAGGGCUUGUAAUCAUUGGAAAACGGGACCAAGCAAGUGGAGAGUCCCUUCUUCCUCGUUUCUACCCACAUUUUAAGAAAUGGUUAAGUCAAAAUCAGUUCCCUGCGCUCCUGGAGGUAGCACGUAGUCUGAUACCAGAUUCAAGGGACUCACCUAGAACUGCAUCUCCUAUAACAGCUUCACUACCUGCCAAGAGUGUGCUUGUAUAUGCACUAGGCAACAAGUUUGGAGUUUCCUCACUGGCUGCGAUGAUGGUACGUGGUGAAAUGUUGUAUCCCACUUUGGAGGAGAAGCAGUGCCAUGAGUGGUCAUCGUUCAUUACAAUCCUGGCAGAAACAGUGGGAUCACUUCCUUCUUGUAAGUCUCUUCCCACACCUAUUGAGCCAAUGGACACCGCAUUAUUGAACCAGCACUUGGGACGUUGCAGUAACUUGCAUAUUGAGAAGUAUGCAGCGUUAGAAUGUGCUUUUACAGGACCUCAGAAAGUUGAAGUAGAAAUCAAAGAAAAUAAGACGGACUCAUAAGAGUGAAUUUGAUUUUGUGGUAAUCUGAACUAACAUGAUGUUUGCUGUACUUGGCCGAAUGGGUACUCUGGUUGUUGCUAUUAGUAAUCGUUAUGAAACUACACCUUUCAGAGAAAACUGUGAUGAUCCUAAAAGAGUGUUGUGUUAGAACAACAGUUGACAGUCCUCACAGAAUACAUGCAGGUGCUUUCUUUAAAUUUGGGACCUCUGGUGCCAUAUAAAAAUUAUAUUAAAAAUCAGUAUUACAGUCAAUACUUGUCUCCUGCUUAGUUGUGUUUUUAUGAAUUGCACACAAGUUUUGAAUACUUAUUUAAAGAAAGCAUUUGAUCAAUGAAUAUUGGGUACUGACAUUCAGGAGACCUCUGAGAAAGAAGUAUAGGAACUUUGUUGUGACUCAUCAGUUUGAACCGACUAUUAUGAUCCAAGAGAAAAUGUAAAACUGCAGUUGGAGAUCCAUACCAAGCUGUUAUUACUUUUUUUGGGGGGGGAAGGGGAUCUUUCUUCCUCUGCUAAGCCUUAUGAUUUGAAUGUGAAAAAACAGGGAACAGGGCCUUACACACAGUUUCUUAAAUAAUUUAUAAGAAUUGAAAAGAUGAAUUUUUUAAAUGAACACAAUAGUGACGAUUAUGUAUUUUAUUUAUUUCUUAAAUGUAUUGGUGAUAUUCCUAAGAAAAGUUCUCAUUUUAGUUCAUAUUCGAUGUGUAACAAGGUGUUGUCUCUGAAAAUUGAAGAACCAUUUUUUUUUAAUUAAUCACCUGUUUAUGUAAUAUUCAUAUACCAAAUUCUGUAUUUAAUUUCCAGUAUGAAAAGAAAUUCCAUAAUUUCACAUCUCCAUGUUCCUUCUUAUUGUAUCACAGUUACACUAUGAGGCAUGUCCAUAAUUGAAUUUCAUUGCUUUAUUCUUCAGUGAGUUACUAAAUUGCUACUCUGAAAUUCUCUAUUCAUUUUUUUUGUAAGAGUAUUUGAGCUUUAAUCUAUGUAGAAUGUAAGAUACAUAUGGCCUCAGAGUUCCACAAUUUAACAGAAUUUGAAUUAUUCCAUAAGUCUUAUGUAACAGCAUAGGAGCAUACAUAUUUCAUAGCCUAGACACAUCAUUCAGAUAUGCACACUUUAUUCAAUUUAUGAUCCAUUAUAAAGGGCGAAAUAAUAUUUCAUAUUCAGAUCUUUUUAUUUUAAAAAAAUUUCUUUAUCAUGUAAAGCUUGCAAUAUUGAGUACAUUUUAAUUGACAUAUGCAUCCAGAGUAUAACUUUGGAUGUGUAGUAGUUUUCUCGGGAUGUGUCAUACAGUGUGGGAACUUAAUAUGGUAUUAUAUUCCCAAACACAGUAACUGAGCAUUUGUUACUUGUGUGCUACUGGCCUGUUGCAGUGUAAUUCAUUUAAAAUGACUCUUUUUAUAAUAUGUGAGAAUUAUUACAGAAGUACUUACUUUUUUCAGCGACCUUGGUAUCAAACUGAUUUUUUGUUUUGUUGAAAAUUUUUCCAUUGAAAUAAACUACGCUGUAUUGAAUUACAAUGUUUGAAAUGUUUUACUUUUCUUCUUUCCUUUUUUUGGACAUUGUAAAUAAGAAGACAUGUUUUCAGUUGCAUGUGCCAACAGAUUUUCUUAUGAUUUUUUUGUUCUGUGAAAGAAUAGAGCCAAUUUUUCAUUAUUACCUUUAUGCAUUACUUUUUGCAUUGUACUGUGAUGUUAUGAAAACAGAAAAUAUUGUGUACAAAAUUUGUAAUACUUGUUUUCAUAGAUGUUUCAUAAUUAUAAUGAACUGUGUAUAAGAAAUGUUAUCAGGAACUCAAUAAACUCAUUAGGAAGGUUUUGGACUGAAACAAUGUGAAUAAAAAAUUUAAUUAAUCAUA